CUAUGGGUCCUCCUCUGAAGCUCUUCAAAAACCAGAAGUACCAGGAACUGAAGCAGGAAUGUAUCAAAGAUGGAAGACUCUUCUGUGACCCAACCUUUCUGCCUGAGAACGAUUCACUUUUCUACAACCGACUGCUUCCCGGGAAAGUGGUGUGGAAACGUCCCCAGGACAUCUGUGAUGACCCCCGUCUGAUUGUGGGCAACAUCAGCAACCACCAGCUAAUCCAAGGGAGACUGGGGCACAAGCCGAUGGUCUCUGCGUUUUCCUGUUUGGCUGUUCAGGAGUCUCACUGGACAAAGACAAUUCCCAACCAUAAGGAGCAGGAAUGGGACCCUCGGAAACUAGAUAAAUAUGCUGGAAUAUUUCGCUUUCGUUUCUGGCAUUUCGGAGAAUGGACUGAGGUGGUGAUUGAUGACCUGUUGCCCACCAUCAAUGGGGAUCUGGUUUUCUCCUUCUCCACUUCCAUGAAUGAGUUUUGGAAUGCUCUACUGGAAAAGGCUUAUGCAAAGCUGCUUGGUUGUUAUGAAGCCCUCGAUGGUCUGACCACCACUGAUAUCAUUGUGGACUUUACUGGCACGUUGGCCGAAACUGUUGACAUGCAGAAGGGAAGAUACACUGAGCUUGUUGAGGAGAAGUAUAAGCUGUUUGGGGAACUUUACAAAACAUUUACCAAAGGAGGACUGAUCUGUUGCUCCAUUGAGUCUCCCAAUCAGGAGGAACAAGAAGUUGAAACUGACUGGGGCCUACUGAAGGGCCAUACCUACACCAUGACUGACAUUCGUAAGAUCCGUCUUGGGGAGAGACUGGUGGAAGUCUUCAGUACUGAGAAACUGUAUAUGGUUCGCCUGAGGAACCCCUUGGGACGGCAGGAAUGGAGCGGCCCCUGGAGUGAAAUCUCUGAAGAGUGGCAGCAACUGACUGUGGCCGAUCGCAAGAACCUGGGGCUUGUUAUGUCUGAUGAUGGAGAGUUUUGGAUGAGCCUGGAGGACUUCUGCCGCAACUUUCAUGAGCUGAAUGUCUGCCGCAAUGUGAACAACCCUAUUUUUGGCCGCAAGGCGCUGGAAUCGGUGGUGGGAUGCUGGACUGUGGAUGAUGAUCCCCUGAUGAACCGGUCAGGAGGCUGCUAUAACAACCGUGAUACCUUCCUGCAGAAUCCCCAGUACAUCUUUACUGUGCCCGAGGAUGGGCACAAGGUCAUCAUGUCACUGCAGCAGAAGGACCUGCGUACUUACCGCCGCAUGGGAAGACCUGACAACUACAUCAUUGGCUUUGAGCUCUUCAAGGUGGAAAUGAACCGCAAAUUCCGCCUCCACCAUCUGUACAUCCAGGAGCGUGCUGGGACUUCCACCUAUAUCGACACUCGCACUGUGUUUCUGAGCAAGUACCUGAAGAAAGGCAACUAUGUGCUUGUCCCCACCAUGUUCCAACAUGGCCGCACCAGCGAGUUUCUCCUGAGAAUCUUCUCUGAAGUGCCCGUCCAGCUCAGGGAACUGACUCUGGACAUGCCCAAGAUGUCUUGCUGGAACCUGGCUCGUGGCUACCCGAAGGUGGUUACCCAGAUCACUGUUCACAGCGCUGAGGGCCUGGAGAAGAAGUAUGCCAAUGAAACUGUAAAUCCAUAUUUGAUCAUCAAGUGUGGAAAGGAGGAAGUCCGUUCUCCUGUCCAAAAGAAUACUGUUCAUGCCAUUUUUGACACCCAGGCCAUUUUCUACAGAAGGACCACUGACAUUCCUAUUAUAGUGCAGGUGUGGAACAGCCGAAAAUUCUGUGAUCAGUUCCUGGGGCAGGUUACUCUAGAUGCUGACCCCAGUGACUGCCGUGAUCUGAAGUCUCUGUACCUGCGCAAGAAAGGCGGUCCGACUGCCAAAGUCAAGCAGGGCCACAUCAGCUUCAAGGUUAUUUCCAGCGAUGAUCUCACUGAGCUCUAAAUCUUCAGCUCUAGCGAAUCCUGACAGAGCUGUCCAUCCUUUUCUUUUCUGUCAGAUGCCAGGUCUUACCUAAUUCAUAAUCCUUUGAAAGAAAGAAACUCACAGUAACUAACUUUUCCUUUCUUCUGAUAAGUUCCCCAUACCUCCCAAUCCAAGUAGCAUCAGUAGCUACAUAACCUAUAUACCUCCAGCAGCUGGACAGGGGGAGGUGACAGUUCUAUGUGGAGGUCAUACAGAUGUUUUCCAACAAAAGAUCUCCGGGGCUUCCGGGGGUGAAAUUCAAGCAGGACAACAAGAGCCUGGAUACCCUACAGAUGUCUUCGCUGCUUUCCGGUGCCCAGCGUUAUCUUCCCUGUAGGGCGUGUUGAGGAAGGAAGGAGGGGUGGUCAAGGCCAAGCCGGUCUAGCCUGACAUCCCAGCUCCUGACUGAACACUACAGACCUCCCAGCAGCAUCCGACCCAGUGGCCAGCACCCGCUUUUAAGUCCCCAGCCUUUAUCACCAUGAGCACCAUUGCCACCUCCGUCACCACCUCCGGAAAGUGUAGUCCUGCCCUCACCCGAGUCACCCCCCCCCGCAGUAGGUUUGACCUUCAUGUUGAGGAAGCUUCCUAGGUGCUUAAUGACGAGCUGGAGUUGAGUGAGGCCUAGAUAGCGGGCAGGGCCUGAGCUCCAGCUCAGUGGAAGCCAGCUGUGUGCCACCAGAGGGAAAAGUGGAAGAAGCUGCAGUGGGAGACGAAGCCUCGGUCCCCCACCCAUCCACACACACCUACACUCACACACGCGCACGUAGGCGCGCACGAACUACCGUUCAGGCAGUCAGUGGGCACGAGGAAGGACAAAGCAGUACCACACGCUCCCGAAAGGAUGAGAAAACCCACCCGGGCAUAAGAUAGCCAGUUUGGGGCCCCUGACUGCAAUGUGAAAUCUCCUGCUGCUGCUAGGUUUACAAACAAGCCUGUUGUCCUGUGCCUCCUAAUAUCAUUGGUACUGAAGACCCCAUCUGGGGGCUUGAGAUUCUGGGUCCCAUCCCAGGCCCCUCAGGCGUUUCUUUCAUUUGGGAAGCUUCCCUCCCCGGGGGCAUUUGUUUGCCCUCUUGUUUUUCAGUGUUUCUACAGAAUUCUUUCUAGGGUCAUUCUGAACUGUUCUUCCCCCCCAUCUCAUCUAUCAACGUUCUACCCCUCCUUCAAGGUCCAGCAUAAAUGCCACCUCCUCCACGAAACCUUCCCUAACUCCUCCCAACCCCCACCUCUGACAAUAUUUCAACGCUUCCGCAAUGAUGAAGAAAAAACAUAGCUGUAGUACUUAGUCUAGUCCAGCACGCAUUCAUUUAAAAAUAUAUUUUGUAGGUUUUUUUUUUUUUUUUUUUUUUUUUUUUUUUUUUUUUGUUCACUGAUUUCCUACCAUGUUUUUCAGUCUGUGUAACUUCUGCAGUGCCUUCACCACACUGCCUUACAUAAUCCAAACCACAAUAAAGUUCACAUUCAAUAAACCGACCAGUCUUGGCUUGAUUUGAUGGGAUGGGAAAGAUGGCAAGAGUGACCAUCUCUUGAGACUUGUUUUGGAGCCGCUAGAAUUGGGAGUGGGGAGAGGGGAGUUUGUGCAGAGGCCUUAGCCAUGUUCUGAUGGUACAGUCCUUUAUCCAGGUGGGGGACCGGGAGGUUGGGAGAAGAGAAUGGAGAGGGGCCCUCUUCUAGUCCACAUUCAGGGAUAUUUGAGUGGUAUUGGGGGGUUACACGAUUUUGAAGCCCCUAC